GUAGCUAUUGGGAGUUACUUUUCAACAGCAGAGCGAAAGAGGCCAACACGAUUGCAAGUACAGGCUGGUCGCAGACAUGGAGAAUCGAAUGGAUUUCAGUGAAGCCGUCUAGGUUGCGCCUCUUGCCCUUCUGACCCAGAGCGGACACAGGCAGCAUUUCAAUGAAUUCUCCCCCUUGAAAUAUCCUCUCUCCUCUCCCCUCUCUCCUCCCUGUGUGUGUGUGUGCGCGUGCAUGCAUGUGUAUAUGUGUGUUGCUCCCCCCCCCUCUCCUCUCCUCUCCCUGGAAGGACUCCAGCUGCUAACACGAAACAACGUUUUAAUCCAGCGGUCCAGCUUCUAAUUGGGAUAUUGGCAUGAUCAGCAUGGAUUCCCCGCUGCAUCCUGCAGACCGUUGAAAUUGCUUAGGAGAGGAGGAAGAGAGCGAGGAGGAGAAGAGAUUGGAUGUGGGCCGAGGAAGCCAUGGCUGCUGCCUAAAAAAUACACAACACUCACUGACAUACAGAAGUUUACGUCUUUCCUUGAGGAGAGAUCCGGGCCCUGUCGCCAUGGCUGGUGAUAAGCAGGAGCUUAAGAGAAGCAUCUCCAUCAUCCCCUGCUUUGUGUUUGUAGAGCUGGUGAUUAUGGCGGGCACUGUGGUGCUGGCGUACCACUUUGAAUACACGAACACUUUCCCGGUGCACCUCCAAGGCUUCUUCUGCUACGACAGUGCCUACGCAAAGCCCUACCCUGGCCCCGAAGACACAAGCCGGGCACCUCCCGUCCUCGUCUACUCUCUCGUCACUGCUGUGCCCACCGUAACGAUUCUUGUUGGAGAACUGGCUGCCUUCUUCCUCCAGCCUGAGAGACGUGAGGAGAAGACAAUCAUCUCAGGAGAGUGUUGCUAUUUCAACCCCCUUCUACGGCGCAUCAUUCGUUUUCUGGGCAUUUAUUCCUUUGGCCUCUUCACUACCACAAUUUUUGCCAACGCUGGCCAGGUGGUGACCGGAAACCAGACUCCGCACUUCCUGUCGGUGUGUCGACCCAACUACACUGCCCUCGGCUGCCAGGCUCCCCCAGGCACCAUCUACGUCACGGACAAGGCCGCCUGCACGGGGAACCCCGUCCUGGUCACCGCCGCCCGCAAGGCCUUCCCCUCCAAGGAUGCUGCUCUCAGUGCCUACGCUGUAGCCUAUACUGUGAUGUACGUGACCCUGGUCUUCCGGCUGAAGGGCUCUCGGCUGGCCAAGCCCUCCCUGUGCCUGGCUCUCUUGUGCCCUGCUUUCCUGGUGGGUGUGGUUCGCGUUGCGGAGUAUCGGAACCACUGGUCCGAUGUGCUGGCGGGGUUCCUCACCGGUGGGGCCAUUGCUGCCUUCCUGGUGACUUGCGUGGUCAACAAUUUCCAGAGCAGCCCGCCUACGGCCAAGAAAACAACCCCAACUGAAAGCAGCUUGCCCAGUGUCCCUGUCAUGGGCUUGCCCUGUGUGGACAGUUCCCUUGAAAAGUUGAGUGUGGCUCAGCAGGUGAGGGACCCCCCAGAAGAACAGGAGUUUUCUACACUACUCUCAAGAGGCCUGGAAAGGCAGCUAGCGCGAUCUCUCCGCUUGGCGGCGCCUGGAAACGCAGCAAUGGCCCGCCCCUACGAAAUCACGGAGUUGUGUUCUCAGAGGUCACCUGAUCCUCAGCUGUGUCUUUUCCCCACCACCCCAGAUGUCCUCAUUCCCUCCCGGUCAGUCACAAGCGAAGUCUGACCUAUGGAGGCACUCCUGGUCUCCUUACUGUGGGACUGGGCCUUUUUUUUCAGGGGGGUGGGGGCGUCUAACUUCUCACACUCUCAAUUUCCCAACCUCCUCCUUGGCCUUUCCUGGGACAAGGUUCGUUGAUUGUCAUGACAUACUUCAGAUUAUCUGAUGCGAGGGUGCAACAUAGCUUGGGGGCAGGGAGAAUAAGAAUGAAAGCUUCUACGUUUUCCAGGGAGCCUGGGGCUGUUUGCAGGGGCUCGAUCUUGCUGCUAGUUGUGUGUCUUCUGGGAGACUGAACCUACUGGGACUUUAAGAGUUAAGACUACUCACCACUUCCUUCUUGCUCUGGCCUUUUUAAGGAAACUGGGAUGCACACUGACCGACUUGGCACCCCCGGCCUUCCCACAGCUGCUUUUUUCUCUUUUGGAAUGGGGUUAAGUGCUGUUUCCAAGAAGUAGCUUAGUCUACAUGGAAUGACAUCCCAUACCCUUUGAGCCCAAAGGAAGCAGGUUCUCAGUUAUAUUCAACCAGGAAUGAGCUGUGUGGAGUUUUGUCCAAAGACAAGGCCAAUGGCCAACGUCUGAGGAUUUGGUUGGGGAACAAAGGAACAGAAACCCAGGCAGGGAGGACAGAAUGACUAAACCCAGGGGCUACUAUAGCAUUGUUUGGGAGGCUGUUGAGCUCCAGAGCUGGGGGCAAGGACAGGAAGUGUUUCCUUCUAGCGUCUGGUAAAGCAGACUAGAGGGAGGCAUUUAUGGAACACCAGCUUAGCGACUUACAGGCUGGCACCAGUCGGUCCACCAGAAAAGACAAAGACCUCCAAAUGCCAAUCACUUAACAAGUGCUGUUGGCAUACAAGCCUCUGUACACCCUAGGGAAGGGGAGGAACAUGGGGAAUGGUGGGUUGGAAGCAUUUCAGAAAGGCGUCUGUGGUGGGCUCUGUUUCUAUGUGCAGCAGCUGAUUUUGGCACCUUCUGGUGGACCUCAAAACCGGUGGUCAUUUUAAUAAAGAGCAGUUGUGUCAGGACACAUCUCAACCAGCAGAGAAGGACCUCUGUCUGAGGUCUUGGAAAAACCAUUGCUGGUCAGAAUAGACACGAUUCUGGUCGAGGCAAACCAAUGACCUGAAACAUAUAGCCUCCACAUGCUCAUAGAACCCUUAUUGUUAACCCCAGGCUAUGUGGCAUUCUGCAAAUGUUCCAGAUCACUUUCUGCUGUGGCUCAAAUGGAGCCUGUGCUAGGAUGGACCAGGACCAGCUGCUGUGCUCUAGAAAGGGCUCCCGGAGCUCUGCGUUAGCAUGACUCUAAGCAUAUAGAGUCCCUUGAGCCCUGAACCUUCAAUGGCCCAUUAGACCAGUUCCCUGUAGUAACAUCCCCCAUUGGGCUUGGAGCCAUUUGCAUGUGGGUAUUCUAGGGUGACUUAGGGCAGACCCUCCAACCCUGUUGUCUCUUAGGGGCAUGCUCUCACUACUGAUACAAGAGUUGAAGUAACUUCUCUAAAUUCCCAUUCCCACUGUGGUCGAAGCCAGGUCAGGAAUAACAUUAGCUUACAUGCAUGACAUAGAUAGCUUCAUUGUCCCCGCCACACCUCUUUCGCCCGCCAGCGGCAACCCCACUCUUCCAGAUAUUUCAGUUGCAAGCAUCUUGGCAGACAGUGCUGUCCUCACAACAUCCUGCCUGCCCACUGUGGGUAACCCCCCAGCUUCUGGGAAGAAGCACUGACCUGGGCCUCUCUGCCCAUACAUUUGAGAGACCCCCAACUCCCAUCCAAGCCAGCACCCCGGCCUGGUGCCGACAACCGCUGCUGUGCCAGUGCAGCAAAACCACGGGGCAUAUUUUGGAUACACCCUGGGGGCAGAGGGAUGCUUCAGAGAGCAUCAGAGGGUCUGGGCUGCUGCUACUAUGCUUGGAGCAAUGGAACACCCACACGUUUCCAGAAUGAAUUGAAUAAACUAAUGUUUUAACAA